AAAGAUUGCCAAACUGCAGCAUGAUUCCUAAUGGGGAGGAAGGGCUGGUGUAUGUGACAGAGGGCCACCCUUAUGCACAAGUUCUGGUGUUAUUUCCACUCUUGAGUGUUGCCUGACUUUGGAACCGUUUAAAAAUAUCUUAUGAAAUGCCUGAGAGCACUGAUCCACAAAUCCCAGUACUGACUUUGCUUCCACGGGAAGAAAAAAAUCCCUCUUAAUGCGAUGAAAGCUCCCGUGGCACUGCUGAGACGCACUUUUUCGUGUUGGUGAAGGUACCACGAAGGAGAGACUCCGAUGACAGCUUGACGGAGCCGGGCGAGGGGCAGCGCUCGGCCGAGCCCACCGGGGCCCGCUGCGGGGAGCGGCAACCAGUCAGCCAGAUGGCCGGUGACCCAUGUGCCCAGCAGCCCCAGCCCAUGCUUGGCAUGAGGGCCAGAGCCAUCUGCUGCCACUGAGGCGAGGAGCAGGCAGGGAUCGCCAUGGCCUCAUCCCGGCGGGCCCGGCACACAGGCCCUCCCGACGGAGGCUGGGGAUGGAUGAUCGUCGCUGGUUGCUUCCUUGUCACUAUCUGCACCAGGGCCGUGACCAGGUGCAUCUCAAUUUUUUUUGUGGAGUUCCAGGCAUACUUUGGGCAGGAUUAUGCCAGAACUGCUUGGAUCCACUCCAUUGUUGACUGUGCUACGAUGCUCUGUGCCCCACUUGGGAGUUUAAUCAGUAAUCAUGUAUCCUGCCAAGUUGGUAUCAUGCUAGGAGGGCUGCUUGCCUCUACUGGACUAAUUCUGAGUUCAUUCGCCACCAGUCUGGAACAUCUCUACUUAUCGUUAGGAGUCCUCACAGGGCUUGGGUUUGCACUUUGUUAUUCUCCAGCCAUCGCGAUGGUGGGCAAAUACUUCAACAAAAGAAAAGCACUGGCGUAUGGAAUAGCCAUGUCAGGCAGUGGAAUUGGUACCUUCAUCCUGGCCCCUGUGGUCCAGCUCUUAAUUGAGCAGUUUUCCUGGCGAGGAGCUUUGCUCAUCCUGGGAGGUUUUGUUUUAAACCUCUGCGUCUGUGGUGCCUUGAUGCGGCCUAUUUCUCUUAAGGAGGAUUGUAAAACUGCUCCUGAAUUUCUUCAACAGGGUUAUGUCCCUGAAACAGAGAAACAAGACUUAAAGCGAACGUUCAUCUGUUCACCUUUAAUCAAAUUAUGGCCUCAUGAAUGUUUAUGCUACUGUUCAUGGAAGGAAUAUGACUUUUUGCUGAUGCCAGGCUUCAUGGUGCUGGCAGUGUCAGUUUUAUUUAUGGCAUAUGGCUGCAGCCCUCUUUUUGUCUACCUAGUGCCUUAUGCCUUGAGUGUUGGAGUGAGUCAUCACCAGGCUGCCUUCCUCAUGUCCAUACUUGGUGUUAUAGACAUCGUUGGUAAUAUCACCUUCGGAUGGCUAACAGACAGAAGGUGUCUGAAGAAGCAUCGGUACUUUUGCUACCUCUUUGCUGUGGGAAUGGAUGGCCUCUGUUGUCUUUUCCUACCAAUUCUCCAAAGCUUCCCCUUGCUUGUGCCUUUCUCAUUUACCUUUGGCUACUUUGAUGGAGCAUAUGUAACGCUGAUCCCUGUCAUGACAGCAGAUGUAGUGGGAACUUCUUUGUUAUCAUCAGCACUGGGCGUUGUGUAUUUUCUCCACGCCAUACCAUAUCUAGUGAGCCCACCUGUGGCAGGCUGGCUUGUGGACACAACUGGCAGCUACACUGCAUCAUUUCUCCUGUGUGGAUUUUCUAUGAUAUUUAGUUCUGCACUAUUGUGCUUUGCAAGACUAGCAAAGAAAAUCAAAAGAACACAUUUGCAGUCCCUCGCUGGUAACACAGCCUUGAAAGAGCACAUCUGGACAAAUGGAGCAAUAGCUUAUUCUGUCACAGCAGAAUUAGACCAGAAGGAUGUUGAAUUUUUGGCUGUGGAUACAAACAGCUUCAGCAACAGGUGACAAGUGCCAUCGAGAUUCAGUAUGGCACAGCCUGAGACAGACAUGGUUCUGUAGUGUUGCACUCUUGAAGAUACUUCUCCUGUGAAACAAGACAUCUCUCAAUUAGAAUUUUCUGUCAUGUUUUAGUUGGCUUAAAUCUAUGUACAGCAAGAGUAAUACUAAGUUAAUGCAGUAAUAGAAGAAAGCUAGACUGAAAAUAGGGUUUGCAUAUACAAGUGUUCACAGAUUUACUUGAAAUGCAAUGUUGACUCCACAGGUAUCAGUCACCAAAAGUGAACAAUAACAUUUACAUUCACAAAUAUUAAUUACACAAGCUUUUUCAUUUUGUGGUCUAGUGUGUUUCAAUGGACUAAUCACAUACACUGUGAAAAAAUCUCUGCAUUUGUCAGUCUGCAUGAAACUCUUUGCAAAUCAUUGCUUCAAAUGCCAAAGUAAUCAGUUUGUUUUGCUUUUGGUUUUUCAAGAAAAUCUGGAAAGAAAUUGAUUUAUGCUGAAAGUAUCUCUGGAGCAGCUUUAUUUUUACAAUGUGCCUGCACUUUGUACAUACAUUGCAAUUUAAUUUCAAAUAUGGCUUUAGACCUGCUUUCCCAAGCCCUUUACAGCAAAAAAAAUUUUUUUUUCUUCUGUAUAGCUUUAAAAUUUGAAUUUCUAAACAGUGACAUUCUGGGUGUGAUCUUCCAGCUGGUCCUUGUCUUGGAGGGUGGAAAAGGUGCUGUGGUGGCUCUACCAUCUGAAGAGGAGUAAAUUUGUGCCAGGGGACUGGGUAUGCUGAUAGACAAAUGUGCUUUAGCUGCAUUAGUUGGAAGAAGCCCAAAGGCGGCCCAAGAAACCUGAGAGAUUCCUGUGUUUGCAAACACAGAGCCUCCUCCUCUUGUAAAAUCAGCACCUAUUAGAGAAUUUGGACCUAUCUGGAGCCCAUGCAACCAACUGACUGAGAGAUUGCCCACCCCACAGGCUGACAGGGGAGAGGAUGUUGGCAGAAUUGUUUCUGUGUAUUGCAGUGGCAAGUCUGUCUCUUUUCAGAGCUGGAAGCUGUAUCUUCAGGUGGUGCAAAUUGCUCAUUGCAGAGCUGUCAGGUCACUUUUCCUUGAUGGCUAGAACACAAGAGCUGUGAUUGAUGAUUUCCUGCAACUUGUGUGAGGAAUAUACUCCAAUUGGCUGCUUCACAGAAGCUGGGGAGUGAAUGUAGCUCAUGGAGUAACUUACUGAUGUGAUGGUCUAAUGAAUACUGGGAUGUUCCUACAUUUCCAGAGUGAAAGUAUUGUCAGCAAUGGGGGAACUUCACAUUCCGGAAACACAAAUAGUUUCAGUGUUUUAAUUCUGUAUCAAGCUGUAUUCUGUUCAUUAACAAAUUUAUCAGAGUCCAAAUAAUUUUCAUUAACACUGAACCAAUAGUUUUGUUAGUCUGCAGAGUGUUCAGUGGCUGCUCAUGGUGUCCUUUUCCACUCUGUGCCUUGGAAGGGAAAGCAACAUAGACUGAUGUUCACCAAUUUGAUUUAGACCAAGAGUACAGCCAUAGGGGUAUAAUACAUUUAUACAUAUAUACACAAACAUAUAUAUAUAUAUAUAUAUAUAUAUGAAUAGCAUGUGUAUCAAGUAGUUUUAUUAUCCAAGUGUAUUUCAAAUAUAUUAAAGUUGUUUGACUUCAAUUGCCUGCGUUUAAAUAAAGCAUUUCUCACUGCCCUGCUUCAGGAAUGUAGUCAGAGCCAGUAGCACGAUAUAUGUGCACAGACCACAGAAUAAGUGAGAGGAGUGCAAAAUCUUCUUAAAGCCAACGAUAUAACUUUUCUUCAGCUCAGCAUGAAAAUUGACUCUUGGGCCCCAGUUUUGUUUCUAACAUAUAUUCAUAAAAAACACAAAAAUUAUCCAUGGGUGUUUCUUAAUGAGUUAGGAAAAAUAUGCACUUUUGGAAAAAAAUGAAGUGUUUUCAUUAAUUAGCAUUGAUGAAGAUAAUGUUUUAGAUCUUAAUGUAAUAUUUUGUUACUAAAAAAGGAAUAGUGUGAGCAACAAAAAAUGUAAGUUAUUUUGAAUAAGUUAUUAAUUACCACUGUAAAUAGAUUUACAGAAGUUUAAUUACUUUGUUUAUGACAUCACAACACAUCACCAGCUCUUCAUGCCAGAACUGCACAUUGUAAAAGCCUGUUGGAAUAAUGCCAUAUGCUUUUUUAUCAAUGUAAACUAUACCAUGUAAUACAUUAUUAGCUUUUUUUUAUUAUUAUUUCAAGAUUUUUUUCAUAGGCUUUUCUCUUUCUGUUUUUUAAGCAGUACUUCUUGUUUUAAAUAUCUUAUUUAGCAACAAACAUUCAACUGGUUUUAUAUACAGACCUUUUGUAGAGAAUGGUAAAGUUCUUUCAGGGCUUUCUAACACUGUUUCUGCUCUGACUUAUGCCAAUGGAAAAGAGCUUAUAUACCAGAAUGAUAAUUUUUGUGCAUAAAACACACUGUGAAAUAUCAGCCCUGUCAUGAAUGCCCCCAGUAACAAACAGAAGGAAGGAAGGAGUAACGAGAAAUGACCUGCAUGUGGAAGAAAUGAGAAUACAAUCCAGGCUGGUGAAGCCUCAUGCCAAACUUCUAGCUCUUGGUCCACACAGCACAAGAUGAACUGUUCAGCUUCAUUCUGCCAUGUGAAAUAUUUCAAGCAACGCAUUAUAGAAGUCUCUGGCUUACAAUAUUUUUGAAGAAUGGUUUAGUGUAUCUGCAACAUUUUGUUUCAGAGAUCAUAAUAUUCAGGCUGUCCUCCAUGGAGGACAUUUCCUGGCAUGGCACAGUGUGGGAAUAAGCCAAGACACCCGAGCUAGCUGUGAAAAAUUUGCCAGACUAACACUGUAUGUUUGAUGAUUUAGGGGUCUUUUCCAACUUUAAUGAUUCUGUAAUUCUAUGUUUCCACCAGCCUUGAUGGAUACAAGCAUUGAUGGAUAUGAGCUCGGCUGGAGAAGUGCACUGCUGAGCCUGUCUGGCUCUUCCCAGGACAGUGUGGUGGGACUUGGGGUGACAUCUGUCCGACAGAGUCUAUCUCAGAUGGGAGAUAUCCUACCUGGGACUAUGUUCUGUUCUGUGCAGUGGAUGGAAAUUCAGUGUAAGUAAGUGAAACUGCUUAUGGCUGCUGAAGUUAUCCCAUCUGUUUCCAUUCCAUGAGGUUUGAAAUGGGGAAAUAAUUAUUAUUUUCAAAUUAUUCAUAUUAUAGCGAUAAUCUGGAACAUUUAAUAAAUUGUACCUUGAAAAGCUGUGUGAAAACAACAUUGGAAAAGUCAAGCACCUUCUGUUGAAAAAUGACUCUUUUUUUCAGAAAAAGCAUUCAUUAAACUUUCCUGUCAGCUUGGAUAAUAA